AUGGAGAAUGCCAACGGACAAGCGAGCACCGAUUGCACACACCUGGUCCUUGGGGACGAGAGGAUCAUUGCACUCUUCACCAACGAUAACAGUCUCAAACUCUACGAACCAAAUCCCAGAAACAGACUUCGCUCUGCAUGCAAGUUAAUUUUGAAAGACUCGUCUGGCAACAGCGUCAUUCCUCUAUACAACGUGUUAUGGAUAGAAGUCUCUGUUGGUAAACUAGUGGUGGACUAUGCUGCGCAACCGUCGAAGGCAUCGAUCAAACUCGAGAAGUGGACCUUCGACCUGUCGCAAAGGCCUGAGUCUCCGGAAUCGCCGGAGCCGGAGCAUUUUGUAGCUGCUGUUCUUGCACAGGCGUACAGCGGCUCUCAAGUCCGCAGAAGGGCUUACGUGCUCAUUAAUCCUCACUCGGGCCCGGGGGCCGCCCUGCGGAAGUGGCACAUUAACGUUCAACCACUCCUUGAAGCUGCUAGGAUGAAGCUUGACGUCGUCACGCUGAAACGAGGGGGAGAGGCUAUCGAACUCGCGGAGAAAGUCGACAUUGACAGGUACGAUACCAUUAUGGCAUGUUCCGGAGACGGCACUCCGCAUGAAAUUUUCAAUGGCUUAGCGAGGCGUCCAGAUGCCUCCCGGGCUUUAUCAAGAAUCGCUAUAAGUCACAUUCCAUGUGGGUCAGGUAAUGCAAUGUCCUGCAACCUCUAUGGAACACACAGGGCCGCCUUGGCUGCUUUGGCAAUCAUCAAGGGUUGUGUCACAGCCCUGGACCUCAUCUCAAUUACACAGGGUGGCCGGCGCUCGAUAUCUUUCCUGUCUCAGUCCCUUGGAAUCGUCGCCGAGAGUGACCUUGGAACAGAGAAUCUCAGAUGGAUGGGGGACUCGCGAUUUGAGGUCGGCGUCUUGAUGAGGAUUUUCCGCCGUCGAUGCUAUCCGUGCGACUUGGCCGUCAAAGCGGAGGUCGUCAACAAGGAGGACAUUAGAGUCCAUUAUAAAGAGCAUACGAAUCGGUCCAGACUCAAAGAGAUGCUUCCACCUGAAAUUCACCAGGAUGGCAACAACCUGGGUCUUCCAGCACUGAAGUAUGGUACUGUGCAGGAUCAACUACCAGAUGAAUGGGACGUGAUAAAGUGUGACAAGAUUGGCAAUUUCUAUUGUGGAAAUAUGGCUUACAUGGCACCAGACGCAAAUUUCUUCUCUGCAGCAGUAGCCAACGACGGCUGCAUGGAUCUUGUAACUAUAAACGGUGAUCUCUCUCCUAUUACAGCAACCAAGCUUCUCUACUCGGUCGAUAAUGGGAAAUUCUUUGACAAUGCCCACGUGCAAUACAAAAAAGUAUCGGCGUAUCGCAUUACACCGAGAGAUCAAAAGGACGGGUACAUCAGCAUUGAUGGCGAACGAGUACCCUUUGAGCCAUUCCAGGCUGAGGUUCAUCAGGGUCUGGGGAGAGUAAUUUCCAAGCGGGGGAUUUUUGAGGCAGAGGGGCCUGCGAAUUGGAAUACCGGAGACGCUAACAGAAUUAUCUCUGUGUAA